GUGAUUGCACUUAGUAAGAGAAGCAAGGAGGCUGAGACGGCUUUCCUGAGCGUUUACAAGCAAUUGCUCGAAGCUCCAGGUAAGCAGCGCGGUGGCGACCUGGCUGCCUAACGAGUUGCGCGCCGGUGCCCAGAGGAGCCAGCGAGGACCGCAGCACCGUCCCCGGCACGGCUGGCGUCGCCGACCGCGGCCGGCGCAUGGUGCUCUGGAGAUCCCAGCCGAAGAGAGGAGAGGAAGCAGCUUUUGCCAUCGCUGUGUUUCAGCCCCUGAGCCAAAUGCAUCUUGACGUUAGGAAAGGAAUACAUUUGCUCAGCCCGUGUAGUAACACUGCGGCUAUUCCCGCUUGUCUGUUUGAUGACCCCGCUCCUGUGCUGGAGGCUGCCCGGAGCCUGGAGGAUCGGCUGCAGCAGCUCCAGCGCCUCGAGCCCGAGCCGCCGCCGCUGAAGGAUCUCAGCCGCCCCUGGAAGAAGCACACGGAGCUCGUCAGCACCAAAGAGCGCAGGGACGGGAAGUCGCCGGCAGCCGAGCCCCCGCUCCCCGGCCUCGACGGCAAAGCGGCGAGCACAGAGACCUCGCUGCAGAGAAAUGAGGCAGAGAAGCAAAAGGGCCUGCAGGAAGCUCAGGUCACCUUGGCCACUCGGCUGGGGGAGGCAGAGGAGAAGAUCAAAGUGCUCCACGCAGCGCUGAAGGCCACCCAGACGGAGCUGCUGGAGCUGCGCUGUAAAUACGAUGAGGAAGCUGCAUCCAAGGCAGACGAAGUCGCCAUGAUCAUGACCAACCUUGAAAAAGCCAACCAGCGGGCGGAGGCGGCGCAGAGGGAAGUGGAGAGUUUGCGGGAGCAGCUGGCAGCUGUCAACAGCUCCCUGCGCCUGGCCUGCUGCUCCCCGACGGGCACCACGGGGGACAAAGUGAACUAUUCCAUGUGCUCAGGGUCAAGGUUGGAGGCAGCUCUGGCUGCCAAGGACCGGGAGAUCCUGCGGCUCCUGAAGGACGUCCAGCACCUCCAGAGCUCGCUGCAGGAACUGGAGGAGUCCUCUGCCAACCAGAUCGCCGAGCUGGAGGGGCAGCUGGCUGCCAAGAACGAGGCCAUCGAGAAGCUGGAGGAGAAGCUGCAGGCACAGGCGGACUACGAGGAGAUCAAAACAGAGCUGAGCAUCCUGAAGGCGAUGAAGGUGGCUUCUGCCGGCUGCAGCCUCCCCCAGGCAAGUGCCGCGGUGCGUUCCGAGGCGCUGGCCGGGCUGUGCCAGCCCUGCCGCCGGUGCCUCCGCCGCCUGUCCCCAUCUCGGCUUGGCUCCUUGCAGAGCAUCUCAAAGGCGGAGGAGGCCCUGCUGCUGGGGAAGGAGGCUUUCUACCCCUCCCAGAAGUACCUGCUGGAGAAGCCCAGCCUGCUGGCCAACACUGAGGAGGAUCACUCUGAAGACGAGUCGGGGAAGGAUCCUCUGGGCAUGGAGCAGCCGUACCCAUCCCCUCAUCACGCCCCAGCCGAUGACCCCGCAUCCCCCACUCCCCUCCCACCACUGCCUGGCCCCGGCGUGGCCCCCGAUGGUCCCCGGACUUUCUCGCUGUCCCCCUUCCCGGGGGGUGAGCGGCUUUCAGGGGACCCCAAGGCCCCACACCUCCCGCUGCCCAGCUACAAGAGCGACAGCAGCAGCGGGGGACCACCCUUCCCCUCCUCCUUCUUCGGGGCCAAAAGCAGCACCCAGCACCCCGUCCCCGUGCCAGCCGCCAGUGCCACCAGCCCGCCCGGCGAACCCUCCGAGGGCAGCGCCGGCAGCUCCGCCGAGGAGGAGCAGCUGGACACGGCCGAAAUCGCCUUCCAGGUGAAGGAGCAGCUGCUGAAGCACAACAUCGGGCAGAGGGUCUUCGGGCACUACGUGCUGGGGCUGUCACAGGGCUCCGUCAGCGAGAUCCUGGCGCGGCCCAAGCCCUGGCACAAGCUGACGGUGAAGGGCAAGGAGCCGUUCAUCAAGAUGAAGCAGUUCCUCUCCGACGAGCAGAACGUGCUGGCCCUGAGGACUAUCCAGGUGCGCCAGAGAGGUAGCAUCACGCCGCGGAUCAGGACACCAGAGACCGGCUCCGACGACGCCAUCAAAAGCAUCCUGGAGCAGGCGAAGAAGGAGAUUGAGUCGCAGAAGGGAGGGGAGCCCAAAACGCCGUCAGCUUUGCAGGCAGUGGCCAACGGGGCAGGAGGCAGCAGCUCAGAGGACGCCAUCAAGAGCAUCCUGGAGCAGGCGCGGCGGGAGAUGCAGGCGCAGCAGCAGGCGCUGCUGGACAUGGAGUCGGGGGCCAGCGGGCGCGGGGGGGACACGGCGCCGGCUGAGCGCUCCACUCUGGCCACCGUCAGCCAGAACAUCACCCCCGCCUAUGUCAAGCAGGAGGAGAGCAGCGGGGCCAGCCCUGGCCCCCCCCAGACGCCCCUGGCCGUGCUCUCCCCUGCUGCCUUUGUCCAGAGCAUCAUUCGGAAGGUGAAGUCGGAGAUCGGCGACGCUGGCUCCUACUUCGACCAGCACUGGGCGUCAGAGCGAAGCCUGCUCAGCCGGCCCUACACCUCCGUGUCGCCUUCGCUGUCUUCCUCCUCCUCGAGCUACUCCAGCAUGGCCAACGGCCGGGGCUGGCCGCGGGGCGAGCCCAGCGAGGGCGGCACCAACGAGGACGAGCUGCCGCCAGCAGAUGAGGAGCCCCACCGGCUGUCGGAGAUGAAGGCGGAGGGAGCCGGCGCGGAGCCGGCGGCUGGUGGGCGUCUGUCCUACUACCCCACGUACGUGCCACGGACCCUGAAACCAACGGUGCCACCGCUGACGCCGGAGCAGUACGAGAUGUACAUGUACAGGGAGGUGGACACGCUGGAGCUGACCCGGCAGGUCAAGGAGAAGUUGGCCAAGAACGGCAUCUGCCAGAGGAUCUUCGGAGAGAAGGUGCUGGGACUGUCCCAGGGCAGCGUGAGUGACAUGCUGUCGCGGCCCAAACCGUGGAGCAAGCUGACGCAGAAGGGACGGGAACCCUUCAUCCGCAUGCAGCUCUGGCUGACGGACCAGCUGGGCCAGGGGAUCAGCCAGCAGCCCACACCCUCCCAGGCCAGCCCGGUGGAGCCCCAGCCGUCCCCCUCGCCGCCCCCCAGCCCUGCUGAGCAUGAGAAGGGCUGCCAGGAGCCCCUCACCCUGGCCUUGGAGAGCAGCAAAGAAAACCAGCAGCCCGAGAGCCGCUCGACGCCUGCGCUGGGCGGGAAGACGUAUCCCAACAGCCAGGGACCCAUGGGCAUCCAGGAGAUCGUCGCCAUGUCCCCCGAGCUGGACACCUACUCCAUCACCAAGAAGGUCAAGGAGGUCUUGACGGACAACAAUUUAGGCCAGCGGCUGUUUGGGGAGAGCAUCCUGGGCCUGACGCAGGGCUCGGUGUCCGAUCUCCUCUCCAGGCCCAAGCCGUGGCACAAGCUGAGCCUGAAGGGGAGGGAGCCCUUCGUCCGGAUGCAGCUCUGGCUCAACGACCCCCACAACGUGGAGAAGCUGCGCGACAUGAAGAAGCUGGAGAAGAAGGCCUACCUGAAGCGCCGGUAUGGGCUGAUGAGCGCCAGCUCGGACAGCGAGUCCCCCAGCGCCCGCUCCGAGUGCGCCAGCCCCAGCGUGCCGCCGCAGGACCUCAGCCUGCUGCAGAUCAAGAAGCCGCGGGUGGUGCUGGCGCCGGAGGAGAAGGAAGCCCUAAAGAAAGCCUACCAGCUGGAGCCAUACCCCUCCCAGCAGACCAUCGAGCUGCUCUCCUUCCAGCUCAACCUCAAGACCAACACCGUCAUCAACUGGUUCCACAACUACAGGUCACGGAUGCGCCGGGAGAUGCUGGUGGAGGGUGCGCAGGACAAUGACACGGACCCGGAGCAGAGUGGCGGGACGGCCAUCCCCGGGCGCCGGGACCCCCACAGCCCCGAUUCAGACGCUGAGGAUCACAAACCCGUGUUCGUGGGGGGCGAGCCCCCCUGCGCCGCUGUGCCCUUGAAGGUGAAGGAGGAGCAGGGGGAUCUGGGCGGCUGGAGCCGCCGGCGGGACUCACGCAGCCCGGCCGGAGCGGCCGAAGGGACCGGACCCCCCCAGGAGGAGCGGGGGGCAGCCCCCCACGCCGCCGCCCCCAGCGCCGGCAGCCUCCCACGGCGGGGAGGCCGCGCCGGUGCCACCGCCGAGGGACCCCCACCGCCGCCACCGCCACACCCCGACAGCUCCCAGUCCUCUGCGGGGUCAUCCCGUUGCAGCUUGGAGGUGUCCCCAACAUCACCCUCGGCAGCUUCCUCGCCCGGCCUCACCGGCUCAGCCUCACCAGGAGCAACCUCUGCCGGGCCGGUCUCGCCAGCGCUUCCACCGGCUCCUGGCCCCCGGCUCAGCACCAGCGUCCAGCGGCGCCACGAGAAGAUGGCCAACCUCAACAACAUCAUCCACCGCCUGGAGCGGGCUGCCAACCGCGAGGAAGCCCUCGAGUGGGAGUUCUGAGCCCCCCGCUGCCCUAAAUAUAUAUAUACAGCCCCACACAUACAUAUAUAUUUUGAUAAAUGCAGUGUGCACCGAGAGGUGACGAGCGGCCAGAGCCACGGAAGAGGAGCGUCCAUGGAAAAGGGGAGACCCCCCCUAUGGAGCCGCCCCCUCCCCCCCCACCUCCGGCUUUGUUUUAAAUGUGAAAAACUGGGAACAAUUUUAGAAAAGAAAAACAAACAAAAAAAAAAUCAAAAAAUAUUUAUAGACCUCUUUUAGAUAUUUUAAUAAAAGGAUACUUUGGAAUUUAUUAACAGCUUAAGCUGCUUUGAUAUUAAAAGAUAGCUAUAAAAUCAAGAUGAUGUAGCAGUUGUGUCAUUAAAUGUACACUGAAGUCUUGUAGUUUGCCACUGGAUGAGAUUAAAAACAAAUAAACAAAAAAAAACAACCCACAGAAAAGACUUUUUGAGCAAAGCCAUCAAGAAGCACUAUGAGACUGACCAAAUUUAAGAAACUUUUGCAGUUUCCACCUGUCUGUAAGACACUGCAUCGCUUCUGCCCCAGCCAGAAACUGCAUCCUAGUCCCUGAAGACUCUAAAGUGACCCCCCGACGCCAUCGAGUAUGUAUUUAGUUCUGGUGGUUUAUGUUUUUGGAAGCCUUUGUAACACAGAAUGUCCCGUGCGGUUGUGUAUGUUGUAGAAAUGUCUGCAAUAGCCUUCUGGAACAAGAUGUAGCAUGGUCCCAACGCCGUCCCUCGCGCUUCCUCCAGCCGGCGGCCGGUGCCAGCUCCCACCUGGCGUGGUGUGGCUCGUGCCAGCUCCCAAAGGAAGAGAGAAAACGAGGCAAAAGCAAAGAAAGCAACCUGAGCUUGGGAUUUUGGGAGUGGGAUGGGAAGAUGUACCUGGGUGUGAUGCUUGAGGAUGGUACCAGCUCGCUGGGGAUGGACAUCCAUGGCAUCCCGGUUCCCUGUCCGUUUGGGGAAGGAAAAGAUGGAGCCUCCGAGCUUUGCCCCUGGGGCAGCAGUGCUUGAGGUGAGCACCCAAAAACCGUGAGCCACCCACUCGCAGGCUGAGCCCUGCUCGGGGCUGCUCCAGCAUCACAGCCAGCUCUUGAAGCUGAAGCACUUUUUAGGGAGAGAGCCCAGGCAGGAGGAGCAUCCCCUUCCCGCAGCCGUGUCCCCAGGUGGUGGCUGCUGGUGAUGCCAGGAUGAGCCCUGGGAUGUCGUAUCAGGCUCCUGCCUGAAUUGGGCAAGCUCAGCCCUGAGCUGGGCAAAGCACCACUGAGCUUUGGCUUUCCAGGGCUGAUCCUGUGCAGACGCAGGAGCUCGGUGGUGGCACCACCCCGGUGCGCUCCCCGUCACCUCCCCGACCCCACCACCUCCAGCCGGCCUCUGCUAACGAAAUGCCUUUAAACGACGUGGAGUGGCCCUCGCUGGGCUGCUCUGCCCUGUCCCCUGCCCACACAGCAUCAGCCAUCACCCACCAAGGCCCGGGAGGGCUCCCUGCCAGGCUCCCAGGCUAUGCAUUGACUGAUUUUCCACUGCAGACGUUUUUAUCAGAAUAGAAGGUAUUUUUAUACUCGGGUUGGGAGUGGAUGAGCAAUGCUGGGCAAGGGCAUGGUUCUCCUUGCCUGCCUCCCGUGCCCUGGCGAGCCACAGGGUGCCCAUGGCCGCUCUUUCCCUGCCACCACGCUGUGGAAGGUGGAGGUGUGACCACUGACUGCCUUCUCCGUUGUGUGCUAGAGGGAGCUUUAGUGGAACGGGAUUUGAGGAAGCACUUAGGAUAGUCCUGAGCAUGGCAAUCCUGUUGUAUGAAAGCCAACGGGACACACUGAUCACAUUUUUGUUAGGCUCAUGUUCUGUACUUCAAAAGUUUCUAUGAGAUCGAUGAACUUUGUUUAACAAUUUUGGAAGGAACAAGUUCUGUAAAGAGCCACUAAAUACAGAAGUUGGAUACGA